AUGGAAGGAGGCGGCGGCGGCGGCGGCGCGUGCCCGGACCCGGAGGACGCCAACCUGGCCGCCACGCCGGCGGCAGCAGGGGCUGCUCCGCCAGCGCGACCUCGGCGCUGCUGCACGGCCGGCCUCUUGGUCCGCGCGAAGGAAAAACUCUGCACUUGGCACACUGUGAAAACGCUGGCCCUGGGUCAGAUGCUCUCCUUGUUCAUAUGCGGAACCGCAGUCACAAGCCAGUUCCUCGCUGAGAAGUACAACGUGAACACUCCCAUGCUACAGAGCUUCAUCAACUAUUGCCUGCUUUUUCUGGUAUACACGAUGACCCUGGCCUUUCGGAAAGACGGCGACAACCUCUUGCAAAUCCUGAAGAAGAAAUGGUGGAAGUACAUUUUGCUUGGAUUGGCCGACGUUGAAGCCAACUACACCAUUGUAAAAGCCUACCAGUAUACCACCCUAACAAGUGUCCAGCUCCUGGACUGUUUUGGGAUUCCUGUGCUGAUGGCUUUAUCGUGGUUCAUCCUCCAUGCAAGAUACAAAUUGAUCCAUUUCAUUGCUGUUGCUGUCUGCCUGUUGGGUGUAGGGACCAUGGUUGGUGCAGAUAUAUUAGCUGGGAGGCAAGAUGGUGAAGGAAACAACGUGGUGAUAGGAGAUGUCUUAGUCCUCCUUGGUGCUUCGUUGUAUGCCAUUUCGAAUGUGAGUGAGGAAUACAUUGUGAAAAAUCUGAGCAGAGUGGAGUUUCUAGGAAUGGUGGGCUUGUUUGGGACUAUUAUCAGCAGUCUGCAGCUAGCCAUUGUGGAACAUAAAGACAUAGCUAAUAUUCAGUGGAACUGGAAAAUCGCUUUGCUCUUCUUGGCGUUUGCCCUGUGCAUGUUCGGGCUGUACAGCUUCAUGCCGCUAGUGAUCAAAGUUACCAGCGCAACCUCCGUCAACUUGGGCAUUCUGACAGCUGAUCUCUACAGUCUUUUCUUUGGGCUCUUCUUGUUUGGCUACAAGUUUUCAGUGCUCUAUCUCCUGUCCUUCGUGGUCAUCAUGGUGGGCUUCGUCUUGUAUUGCUCCACACCAACCCGCACCGCAGAGGCUGUCUUAACCAGUGUGCCGCUAGCAGCCAGCACGGGGUUUGACAACUUUGCCUUAAAAAUUGAGGAAAACCACCUGGACGCAGCUCUCGGCUCAGCCGCACAGCACAACAAAGAAGAAAGUCAGGCGGGGGACACACCAGAGACAAAACUAACAGCGUUGUGAAACAUGGAGCCUUUCAGCUGCCGGAAUUACCUUGGAAAUGUCAGUAAACAAGAGAUAAUGAACAUCAUGCUGCGUUAGGGCGGAUAAGCUGGAGCUACAAGUGUGGUGGAAUCUGUGCUCAUGCCAAAGUCUGGAAUUCCACCACAGGAUAAUGAGGGCUAGAUCCUUCGUUGAGUCGCCGGUAUUAAGUCAUGUUCACUGGAGUUCUAUCAUUAAGGGCUGACAGAAGAAUAGUAAGUAUGGC